AAAGCUCCUCUAAACUCGGCAGCUUUGGAUCAAUUACCCGCACUAUGACCUAUACAGAGGAUAGACUGACUGGUGCUGAAGGUGCGGGUGAGCCUGGCAAUGUAUCUGCACCCACAGCCAGCCCACCAGAGCAAGUACCAGAUGGCAAUGAGAGUGGAGAGCUCUUAGACUAUAAUGAUUCUAGUGUGCUGGAACAGUUUCAUGAAGAUGCCUUGCGACAGGCUGGCUGUGGUCUAUCGCAAGCACGUGUGUUGCUUGCCGUGACACUGGCUAUAGCGGGCUCGUCACUUGAGCUGGCUGCCAUACCCUUUGUGCUGCCCUCCGCUGAAAUUGAGCUCUGUAUAUUACCACAUGAAAAGAAUUGGCUUGGUAUGCUAACAAAUAUCGCCGCCUUCAUGCCUACAUACGGCACCUUUAUGAUGGCCAGGUUCUGUUCAUCGAUUGGUUCUGGCGGCACGUCGUCAGUGGGGUACACGUACUGCGGGGAGUGGUGCGCGCGCGCCCGCCGCCGCCGCGCGCUGGCGCUGCUGGCUGCGGGCGCGGCCGCGGGCGCGCUGCUGGCCGCCGCGCUCGCGCACGCCGUGCUGCCCGACACCGGCGUCGACGCACUCAGAGAGAACAAGGAACACUUUAGUGCAUGGCACAGAUAUCUUCUAUUAUGCACGUUGCCGAUACUGGCGUCCUUAGUGAGUUUGAUCUGGACGCAGGAGUCGCCUCGCUACUUACUCGACGUCGGCAGAGAAGUUGAUGCUAUGAUUGUUUAUCAGAGCAUUCACAGCAGCAACCAGUUCCGCGUGUGCGGCAAGGCAGCGGCGGAGGCGGGGGCGGGCGCGGGCGCGGCGGCGGGCGACGCGGAGUACCGGCUGGGCGAGCUGGCGCUGCCCGGCAAGCGGCGCCCGCCCGCGCUGCACCACGUGCGACAUAGUGUCAAAAUGUUCUGGCAAGCAUUUUUCCAACUCUUCUCGAGCACCUACAGAAGCACUACAAUCUCUUUAGGAGGGAUUUUACUCUUCAGUAUGGCUAUACAGUAUUACUUGUCGUCAUACGUGCCAGCAACAGUCGUGUCUGCGGAGAAGGCGCAGUUUGAGGCAGCUAAACGUUGGAUAACUAACGAAUCGUUUGUUAACGAACACUACAACGAGACGUUAGAGAACGUGCAGUUCGUGGGCGCGGCGUUCCGCGACUGCAGCUUCAGGGACAUGGUCGUGUCGCACGUCACCUUCCAGAACUGCACAUUCACUAAUGUGUCCUUCUCCAAUAUCAUGUCUUCCUAUACAAUGUUUGAGGACUCCGUGUUUAUUAAUAGCAGGUAUGUAUCCUUACCUAAUUGUAAAGGUAACUUUUUUUAAAGUUAUGA